AUGCACGCUCUCGCCCGCCUGCUUUUGGCCCUGUCAUGCUGCGCUCCCUCCACUGGAUACUUCUCCGAGGAGCGCUGGAGCCCCGAGUCUCGGCUGCUGGCUCCCCGGGUCCUAGUCGCCCUCAUCUGCAGGAAUUCCGAGCACUCUCUUCCAUAUUUCCUCGGUACAAUUGAGCGCCUGAACUAUCCCAAGGACAGAAUGGCAUUGUGGGUUGCCACGGACCACAACGAAGACAACACCACAGAUAUUCUACGGGAAUGGCUCACCAAAGUUCAAAACCUAUAUCAUUAUGUUGAAUGGAGGCCAAAAGAAGAACCCCAAUUUUAUGACGAUGAAGACGAUGGGCCGAAGCAGUGGACAAACCAGCGGUACGAACAUGUGAUGAAGCUUCGACAGGUGGCUCUGGAGUCGGCUCGGGAGAUGUGGGCGGACUACUUUAUGCUGGUGGACUGUGACAACCUCCUCAUUAAUCCGGAUAUAUUGUGGAAGCUUAUGAAGGAGAAUAAGACCAUAGUCGCCCCGAUGCUUGAGUCUCGAGCAGCGUACUCAAACUUCUGGUGUGGCAUGACCUCACAGGGUUAUUACAAACGCACCCCGGCUUACCUGCCCAUGAGAAAGCAGAUACGAAAGGGCUGUUUUGCUGUGCCAAUGGUUCACUCUACGUUUUUAAUCGACUUGAGGAAAGAGGCUUCUAGACAAUUGGCCUUCCAUCCACCACACCCAGAAUACAGCUGGGCUUUUGAUGACAUCAUUGUAUUUGCCUAUUCAGCUCGAAUGGCAGAUAUUCAAAUGUUUGUAUGUAACAAAGAAACGUACGGUUACUUUCCUGUGCCUCUGCGGUCCCACAAUACUCUGGAAGAUGAAGCUGAUAGUUUCCUUCAUACUCUUCUGGAAGUGAAUGUGCGUAACCCUCCUGUGAUGCUGUCCAAGUACUUACCCCCUCCUGUUAAACGCCCAGACAGAAUGGGCUUUGAUGAGGUUUUUGUCAUAAAUUUAAAGAGGCGUACAGAUCGGCGGGAUCGCAUGUUAAGGACUUUGCAUCAACUAGAGAUCGACUUUAAAUUCAUUCCUGCCGUUGAUGGAAAAGCAAUGAAUACCAGUGAAGUAAACGCUCUGGGAAUCCACAUGUUGCCUGGAUACAGCGACCCGUAUCAUGGCCGCCCCCUGACCAAAGGAGAGCUCGGCUGCUUCCUGUCUCACUACAACAUCUGGAAGGAGAUUGUUGAGCGGGGCCUGGAGUCUUCUCUGGUGAUUGAGGAUGACUUACGUUUCGAAGUGUUUUUCAAAAGACGUCUGAUGAACCUAAUGAGUGAAGUGGAGAAGGAUGGCUUGGACUGGGACCUCAUUUACAUUGGCAGGAAGAGGAUGCAAAUUGAUCACAGAGAGAAAGCAGUUCCUAAUGUACACAACUUAGUGGAGGCCGACUAUUCCUAUUGGACGCUGGGUUAUAUGAUGUCCUUACAAGGAGCUUUGAAGCUUUUAAGAGCAGAACCACUGUCCAAAGUUUUGCCUGUUGAUGAGUUUCUACCCAUUAUGUACAACAAACAUCCUGUGUCUGACUACAUGAAGCACUUUGAACCCAGGGAUCUUAAGGCCUUUUCAGCAGAGCCUCUUCUGGUCUAUCCAACGCAUUACACAGGUGAAGAUGGCUAUAUUAGCGACACAGAGACUUCCACCGUUUGGGACAAUGAUAAAGUGCGCACGGAUUGGGACAGGGCACGUGCAGGAAAGACAGGGGAGCAGGCGGAAAUCAGCACCGAAGCCCAAAACUCAGACGUGCUCCAGUCUUCUCUAGACAGCACUGCAAGGGACGAGCUAUGA